AUGGCUGGCGACUUCAACUUUUCUUUCGGAGGAAAUUUCGGCAAAGUUUCCGAUCAAAGAGCAAAAUGUCCCUCUGGUACAUAUGACAUAAACUGUAAAGAAACCUGUAGCGUGAAUUGUAACAUCCCUCAAAGCUGUGACAGAACGACAGGAGAGUGUAUUGGAGGAUGCCAGCCCGGCUGGAAGGGAUUUCAUUGUGAUCAAAAAUGCAACCAGGGAACUUACGGAAAAGAUUGUCAGCAUAGAUGUGGUUCUUGCAUUAAUCAAACACACUGUUUCUAUGUGAACGGGACAUGCCUCAAGGGGUGUGACACGGGAUAUCUGGGCGAUAAAUGUGUUGAUGAAAAUUUGAAAAUGGAAUCACUGUGUGGCAAAAGCAACACCAUUCAGAUUUUGGCUAUUUCCAUUGCAAUAUCCAUAUUUGUAUUAUUACUUGGAACAAUCCUAAAUAUUACCAUUUGGAAAAGAAAUCAACUGAAGACCAGGGGCAGACAGUCUCGGCAUACGACUGGUAACAGCGACUCAGCAAAGCCAAAUCUCGCUGAGUCGACAUAUACUGAACUUGGAGCAGUGAACAAUCACAAUGCUUAUGAUGAUCUGCAUCACUAUUCUAAAGCCAGUUGAAAUGAAUAAAUACUGUAAAAAUGUGUAAAUUAGUUUAAAUGAAUGUAUUGUUUUAUUAUACUUAUGAAGUUUAUUCAGGGUCUUUAAAACGAAUAACAUCGAUUAAUCUGAAGAAAUUAAUGGAGAUUGAGAAAAGUAUUAUCUUACAAAAUAAUAGUGUAAAGUUAACACAAAGGUAUGCUAAGAAAUAUAAUGUUUUACACUACAUUAACAGUUAAUCUAAUUCAUUGAAAAAAUGUAUCAGAUUUUCCUUAAUUUUUUCUGUAAAUGUUUGAUUUUUAGAUACAUAUAUAGUAACAUUUAACACAUAUUUAAUAAGGUGAUUUUUUUGUGCUGUAUAUUUAUAUACGUUUUAAAGUUGUCAUUUCUAUAAAUUUGCAAAUGCAAAUAUGUUAUAUUGUUUGAACCAAUAGAAUAGCGAAAACGUG